AUGAAUACCAGCACAGAACUCGUUGGAAACCUUUCACGGUUGUCUGGUCAACAGCUUGUGUCAUGUCAUGAUGGUGGUAGGGAAGAAACUGGACUGAAAGAUUGCUCAGACGAUGAGAAUGAUAUUUAUAUUGACGAUUUGGGUCGUUUUGAGGACGAUGAGGGUGGUGACACUGAGAACACAACGACUCGGUAUUGUUUCCUGUAUAACGCUAAUGAAGAUGAAGAGAUUCGCGUCUGCUGCACUGAUAUAUGUCUCUUGUACAAUGAGGACAUGUCCUUUGACCCUUGUCAGUACGGUACAAGAUACGGGCUUUAUCGAGAAACAAGUACUCUUCAGUUGGAGAUAAAAUUAGAUGAAAUCAGGAAACAAGAAGCUGUCAACUUUGAUGAAAAGAAGAAGCUUGACAAUCAGUUAGAGUCUCUCACAAAUUCUUCAGAAUGUGAGACAUCACACAAACGCUGCUGCAAAACUGUCAACCCAGCAAUAAAGAGGAAUGAUUCUACUGAAAACAAAUAUGUGAAAGAAGAGAGCAGAGAAAACUGCCCCUUGCCUUCCUCCCAACCUUCCCCAAUACUUUCCCAAUACUUUUCCUGUAGUGAGAUUGUAGAUGAUGCUGAUAUAGAGGCAGGAGGUGAUGUUGAUGAGCUAGCUGUGCCACUGCAUAAUGAAAUAAAUGCUGUAGAAAGAAGAACAGAUUGUAAAUUAAGCAAUAAUACUUGUAAUAAACAUUUUCAAGGGACUUGUAAUACCCCAGGUGAGAAUUCAAAUGAUAGAACAGAAAGGUCAGAAGGAAGAAAUAAAAAGCAGCACAAUAUUGAAACCAAAGAGAGCAAAGAAACAAGAUUUGAUGGUAGAGAUAAAACUGCUGAUAUAAGAGACAAAGAAGCAGAUAAAAACAAAGAAUUAAGUAAAGAAAACAGAGGUGAAGCUGUUCAUCAAGUAAAUAAAAAUUGUAAUGACACAGUAGAUUUGUCAAAUGUUUCAAAUACAUGUCCAGAAAACAAAAGAAGUGCAGUGAUAUUUUAUGUAGACAAUGAUAAUGUCUCCACAAUAAAUGAAUCAGAAUCAGAAAUAUAUGAUGGAGACAAAAGAAAUGACUCCUUGAGUACUUUUGGUGACUUUCUGAAUUGUUCAAAGGGAACUGAAUCGGAAGAAAACUUUUUAGGUGAUAGUUUAGAUGUGAACCUUGAUUCUACCUCAGUUAAUACGAUUUCAGAUGAAGAUGAAGAUUACCUGUGUACGCAUUAUUCAGAAAGUGAUUUACUAAGAGAUUCUGAACCUAAAUCAGGUGAUCAUAAUUGCAUUGGAAAUUGUAGUUGUGAAUCUGUUACUGAAGAUACUGAGACUGCUGAUAGAGUAAAUAAGCUUAAAACAGAUAGUAGUAAAACCAACAAUAAGCUUGCAAGUGAAACUGCUGCAAAGGAAUCUCAGGUUGAUGAAAGUAAUGUUAAAGAUGUAAUAUCAGGACAGUGUUCAAAUGAGGUAAAGAUUCUUAAGUAUUUACAGACACAGUCUUUGGUGAAAGAAGAAACUGAAAGUGAUCUUUCUGCUUUUGAGUCAUUUUAUUCACUGGAUAAUACUUGUACAGCUAUAGGCACACCAGUAGUGAAAAGAAUAAAGAAAACAUUGACCUGGACACCUCGGAUAUUGUCAGAAGAACGCUUCUCUAGUAGUAGAAGCACAACUUUAUCGUCUAAAGCAAGUUUUUAUACAGCUGAAACGAGCGGGACUUUCUUUUCCGCUCGUUCCUUUCAACUUGACAGCUGUGAUAACUUUGUUACAUGUGAAGAUUUUCAGAAACUAGAGUUGGAUGAUGAGCCAAAAUCAAAACUAAGUAAAGCAAAAAACGUUUUAGUUAGAGGACGAGACUUUGUGAAGUCGAAAAUUGACUGCUAUCGGAAAAGAUUACCUAAUUUAACAAAUAAUACAAACAUUAAGUCUCGCAUUUUGUGCCAUAAUUCUUGUGGAUUUUCAUGUGUACAAAAAGGUAAAGAAAUUUCUUUGUACAGUAUACCCGACACCCAGACACAUGUAAAGGGAAAUAAUGGUAGUGGAAUAAAGGCAGAUAAUAAGAUUGAGCUAGAUAGUUCAAAAUUAAAUGAUAAUGAAUUGCGAAAUAUAUGUGAGGCAGGAAUGAGCAAAGAUUCUGGAAGAGAUAUGACUGUUAGAAAAGUUCUUGAAGAGCAGAAAGGACAGGAAGGUAUUGAUAAACAUCCAGAAGGUAUUGCAGCUAACUUAGAUAGGACAAAUGGGAAGAUUGAUGACUAUCAUGGUGAAGGAACAGAUAUAGGGGACAUAACUGGGAAAGAAAACCAAAGAUCACAGACAAAUGUAGAAGAUGGAAAUAGAAGAAUGGAGUCUUUAUCAAGGGGGACAACUGAUGAUAUAGAGGAUGACUUGCCCAUUGGAACUGAAGCAACUACCAUAAACCAGCGAAGAUCUUCCAGAGAUGCAAGUGAAUCUGAUGAAUCUAGGUCAAAGAAGAGGUUGCGCUGGGUGUCAGCCAUUGAGAAAACACAGGGGACCAGUAUAACAUCUAGCCUGACAACCAACAGCAGAGUUCAACAGAAGUUAUGGGAAUGUGUUGAUCAACUGUUGUACCAACGAGAGAUGGACCCAGAGAUGUUGCUAACCAGUCUGGGAUUUGCAGGUGGGGCUCAGACAGAUGAUGCUUUAAGCCGGGUACCAGAUCGUUUCUUCAUCAACCAAGCUGUAAAACCUGGUGUAGACCAGUACCAGCUUAUGAUGAACCAUCCUGAACUCCAUCAUCUACUUCCUGUCAUGGGUACCAGCCAAUUGAUGCAGGGAUCCAACCAUGUGAUGCCGGACACCAGUUGCGUAAAUGCAGCAGAAAAUGGACGGGACAUUGUGGAUGGUGGAGCAGGGAACCAUGAACCAAGAAAAGGUACAAUGCAGAGACCAACAUUUAGUACAGUGGCCAAUGGCAUGAAGUUUAUCCGUGGAGCAUCCAUGCAGGCACCCCCGUCUCCAGAUGAAGAGACAAAAAUGGUCAGUUCAAUACCAAGCAUAUUGGAUCUCCCAAACAGGAAGGCCUUAGCACGACAAGGAUUCUACGGCAGGGAAUUCACUGCUGAAGAACCGAAGACAGAUUCAAAGUCUUUGAAACGUACAAUGUCGGCGGCAGAAAAACGUAAACAAUUUUAUCACAGCGUUAAAAGUAGGAGUAACUGGUCUCUUACUGAUGAGUCCGAGGAAGGGUCUGCCACAGAGCAGCAUGAUAUGACUGCUUCUAUCGAUAGUUGGGACCGGGGACUUGUUCUUAAAAGCUUCAGUGAUAGGUUUAGUUCAGAAUCGUCUUUGGAAAGUUCCGAUUCAUAUUCUAAUGAUCGUUACCAAUUGCAAAGACAACAUUCGAUCAGUAACCUUAGAAAAAAUUAUGAAGAAACUAUUAUGAAAAGCAUGGAUGGGGAAUAUCCUGUGUUUAAUGAGGAUACCGGUACAUUGCCAGAUGGUAGAAAAUUAUCAUUAGGUGACUUACGCAAGCAGCAGGUCGAUAGACUUAUGUUGUCUGUUGAAGACGAUGGAGAUUAUACUGCUAAGAAUAGAACUCCAAGUUUACGUGACAAAGAUCCACGAUCAGCUCUCAUUAUUGCUCAGAAAUCUACUCAGUCAACAAUUACUGGGUCCCCUCUGACUCCUAAUGACGUGAAAUUUUCUUUCGAGCAGAAUUUGGAUGAUGGGGAGGAAGAAUUUGAUUUUAAAUCAGCUGAAAGACCUAGAAAAUUGUCUCAGCAGAAUAAACAGACUGUAAGUAUAAUUGUUGAGGAGGAAAUCAGUCCUCAGGAAAGUAUUCAGACAAGGGAGGUAAAUCAGAGACCUAAUUCAAAUGAGUUAACUUCCUUGACUAUGGGUGUAAGAUCUGAUUCUUGUACUACGUUAGUGCCACAGGACAGUAAUAUUGACUCAGAUGGAGAUCUGACCCCGCGGGCGGGUGAUGUGAUUCAUGGAGAUGCUUUAUCAGAAUCUGCAAGCUCCUCGGCAACUAUGAGCACUGUAAUUCAUGAUCAGCUAGAUGCUCAGCUAACUGAUCAGGAAGAAAUGUCAAGGACACAUGAAGGAAAGUUAGAUGCUGACAUGAUAAGGUCAAGGUCACCAGAUGCUAAAAAUAGCCUAAAGCCUACACAGAUUCCACCACAGGAAUCAUUUGAACUUGAGGAGAUAUCAAGUGCGGAUAAUGCCUUUGAAGACUGGAAUGGGAACAUCAGUAAACCUGUAGUAAGGAGAGGUACUAUAGAGAAGUCGGCCAGCACACAUUCUGACAGUUCAGGCUUUGCUGAUCUUGACACUGUAGGGGAGACUACUCAAUCAAGCAUAGAUGUAUCUGGGGAAUCAUUAUUGGCUCAGACAAAAACAGCUGAUGUUUUUAACACUAACAGUAAAACCAAAAGCUCACCAGUACCACAUGACAAAAAGUUUACCCAGAAUCCACAGCAUUCACUUCCUGCUGCUCAGCAGCGAGAAAACACUGAAUACCGAUUGGCUGAAAUUACAGAAACUACUGAGAAAUGGAAUGCACAUGUACAUGUGAUGAAUGAACCAAAGCAUGUGUUUGUGUGUAAGAAAAAUGUCUGUGCUGAUGAAGACAAAGAAAAUAAGCCUGCUUUAUCUUCCAUUAGUUACUCUCCAAAUAAUGAAAUUCAGGACAAAUCCUUAGUAUAUACACUUACUGUUCCUGUAGAAACUGUUCCUACAGAAAAUAAGAGAAAAGAGCAUUCCACAAAUUCUAGAUACAUCUCAGCGAUUUCUGUAAAUGUUGAAAGGAAAUCCAGUGGUAAUAAUAAGAAACCUGUCCGAAGUUCAAAGGUCACACAAGUAGGUCAUGUGACCUUUCAAAAGGUCAAAAGUAAAAGUGACCGUGACAUUGAUAAAUUAGAUCUGAAAGAUGAAGCAGAAGACACUGAAAAUGUUUUACAGACUGCUGCUGCUUCAAACUUAGACGUGAAUGAAAAUCUGAAAUAUAGCAUACUUAGCAAAGAGAAUCAGCCUAUUAGCCAAAGUACUCCAAAUGUUUGUAAAGAUAGUAAACAUGACUUUACUAGAUCUGCUUCACCCUGUAGAGCAAAAGAAAUAGUGUUAGAAAAGAAGCGUGCAAAGGAAGCCCUUAUAGCUGCAAAUAGUCAUACCGCCGACUGGCUGCUAGAUAGCGAAAGGCAUUUAGAAGCGGCUGAAAGCUCCAGAAGUUCCAGGGUCUCGCCAUUUAGAAUGGGUCGACCCAUUUGGGCAUCUACGCCAGAUUUGAAAUUUAAAAGAAGUGUUACGCAAUAUGGUGAUGAUAGUAGCAGACAUAUAAAAAUGGAGGGAAAUCAUUCCUUUGAUCUUCUGCUAGAUGAGGAGCCUGGUACCAGAAGUGGACAAAAGUUACUUGGUAGCCAUAUUGCCCCGGCUCAUUCUACAGAACAGUUAGAGGAGUUGGGCAGCAGACAACAUCUUACAGAAGCAGGUGGGAAAGUACCUUUGGGGGAUCUGAAGGGAGAUUCAGCAUGUUCCUCCAUGGAUGAGAGUGUUGAGAUAUCAAGACCAUCACUCAUUGGAAGCUCAUUUGGUAUACCAGAAGAUCACCUUAACUACUUGAGGCUUGCUCGGCUAGUUAAUGGACCAAGCCUCAUUACGGACGUUUCAAAGAUGCCAAACUCUAGAUUUACACCAAACUUUCAUAUGAAAAAUUGGACACAGAUCCCUAAACGAAAGCAUUUAGAGGAAGAAACAUUACUAAUGCAACAUGCGGUUCAACGUUACAAAACUGAGCUCUGUCUGAUGGAGAAUAUGCUGUUUGCUCUGUACCGUACAGCUCAGGCAGAACUUGAACCAGAGGAUAGAUCUGAGGUUGAAGAGUUACAGCAUCUGUGGUGUGAGGUGAGAAAAGAGGUCAUCAAAAUGGAGGAACUUCUUGCUCAACGUCUAAAAGCCAUCAUGGCCGGCAAUGAGACAUACAGUCCAUUGGAUGCUCUGGAAAUUAUCCAGUCUAUGAUAGAUCUGUUGCGUGAACAGCUGUAUCAUCAACAGAUGUGUAUUGGUCGGGACAUCAGCUUUACAGAGGAAGAUAUUGAAAUUGAACCACACAGGUGUGCAUCUGUUGGUUCCAAUAUGUCAUCAAUGAGUGAGUCAUGGAUGUCCGAUAUCUCCAGCCAGAUGUCAGACAUUAAAUCGUCCCUUGCGUCUGCAGAGCAGAAACAGAAACAAGAAUUACAUGAUAGAAUAACAGAGUUGAAGAAAAGCCUGCUGUCAGAGGUGAAAGGAGAAAUGUCGACGACACAGAAUGCCAAAAUGUUGCAGCUACAACUUCAAGCACGGGAUAAUGAAAUACGGCGGCUAAAAAUGGAACUUUUGCUACAGAAUGUGAAUUCUGGCGGGACACGUAAGAAGCAGUUGUUUGAGAGUGACGUGUGAAACAAGACACCAGCUAUGACAGUUUACAAACAGGAGUUCAGACAGGACAGGAUAUAUGUAAAAAUGUUCUACAGUGACGUAAGAAAUGGGAGAUGUUUUCACAAUGUGCUAUAUUAUACCUACACCAAUGCUGGCAAUAAGCCAAAAACAGUUUUUUAUCUGUUCAGGUUAAUUUUUCUUUAAUGUAGAAAGUUUUAAGCAUGUUAAAUUUUAAAAAUGCCAUGACUCAUUGAAUUAACUUUCAACAUUGCUUUGUUAGGCCUCCAAUGUACAGUAUAUUGAAAGUUUUCCAAGAGUCACUCUGAUGUAUAUCUUUAAAUAUAUUUUUUUUAUGAAUUUCUAACAAUUUAGACAUAGGUCAAGUUGCAAAUUAAGAUUCAUUUAUUUGUUCUUACAAAAUAAUCAGAAUCAAGCUAUCAAGACUUACAUUAUUUUCUCCAAAAGAAUAAAAAUGCAUUCCAUAAUUUUUUUUUUGUUGCAUUUAUAUUUUUAGACGAGGAUUUUGGUAUUUAGAAAUGUUUUUUCUAUCUUGUUAUAGUCGGAUUUUGUGUUCUGUUUCAUGUACGUAUUUCUCUGUAAGUUCAGUUAAUGGCCAAGUUUUACUCAUUUGGCUUAGUUCUAUCUUUUUCUUCUUUUCUGUCAUUCACUUUAUUAUCUUAAAUUUCUGAUCUUUCUCUCUCCUAAUUUCUCACCCUUGAAUCUCCUUGAGUUCUUUUCCAUCUUUCUGCUAAUUUUUUUAUCUUUGACUUUAUUUCUAUGUUUGGUCAGGUCAUUUUUAAACUUUCCGUUAAAUUCUGUCUUUCUGUCCAUGUCCACUUUAUUGUGUCACUCUUCUUUUUUGUAUUUUUGUACAUCUUUUCUGCUACUUUCCUAACUUUCUGUUAAUUUUCUUUCUUGCAGCUCUUUUUCAAAUGUUUGUGCAGUUCUUUAUGUCAUAUUUUAUGUUUUACAUGAUGAUUAAGAUACUAUGAUGUUCAUGACAAGUGUUAACCCUGAUCCUGCUAAAUUUUUGUAAUGAACUUGUCCAUCUUUCAAUUUUAACAGUACCAUUAACUGUUAAAAGGGAUGGGUGCAUACCAAAAAGAUACUGACUGAAUGGUGAAAAGUGCAGAUCAUGAUCAGACUGUGUGGAUGUGCAGGCUGAUCUUGAUCUGCACUGGUUGCAAAGGCAGAAUCAAUCGUGUCCCAAUGAUAAGGGUUAAGUACUGUCACAUAUAGGAAAUGUUUACCUUUUUGUCUGUCUUAACUUUCUAGUCAAUUACUUAUUAUCAUGACCUUAAAGGAUCAUACCUAUAUAUUAACAUUCCAUUUUCCUCUGUUACUGUAAAUUAGAUAGAGAAUAAUUGAGAAAAAGGGCUUUAAGUGGCCUGAUUUGUGAACCAUAAUUAAAGUUAUCGACCGUGUUUUUUUAAAAAAACUGUCAUGAGAUAACCAGUCUGAUUUUUCUGAAUAUGACACCAGUUCAAAUUUUUUUAACUAGAAUGUUAAUAUAAAAAUAUUUGUUCACUUGUAAAAACACUACCUUAUUCUUACAUUUUCAUGCAUUGAUUUCGAGCAUGGACCAACCAGUCUGGUUUUAUGGACCAGACUGUGUCCUAAACAAGAUUUAGCAAUUUGAAUGUAAAUUCUUGAACCCUUCUAUGACAUUUGCUGAAGUUCUCAUUGUCUUCCACUUUUUUCUGUAUCUUCAUAUAUUUUUGACCAAAUGAAUAAACUACUACAUAUUUUUAUAGUUUUAUAAUUAGAACACGCCUUGUUUAUCUGUGUUCAGUCUUCCAUGAGUGAUUUUGUUAAAUAUUGUUGAUUUUUAUACAUGAUUGUUAUUGCUUAUUAUGUAAAUAUACAAUGUUUUAUAAGAAGGAAUAAUAUUAAAUAUUCUGAUAAAUCA